CCUAGGGCCUUUCACUGUGUGAUGCUGUGGCCGCUCCUGCUGCCCCUGCUGUGGGCAGGGUCCCUGGCUCAGCACGGAUAUGAGCUCUCGGUGACUACUUCCGUGACGGUGCAGGAGGGCUUGUGCCUCUUUGUGCCCUGCCGAGCUCAGUACCCCUCCAGUGGUUUCGUCUUUGGCUAUUGGUUCCAGAAUGGAGCCAAUGCAAACAAGGACUCUCCAGUGGCUACCAACAACCCAGCUCGCUCAGUACUGAAGAAAGUUCAAGGUCGAUUCCAUCUUGUGGGUGGCCAAGACACCCGUAAUUGCUCCCUGGACAUCAGAGAUGCACAGAGAGGUGACACAGGAGUGUACUUCUUCAGGGUGGAAGGAAGUGGUUCCAUGAAGUACAGUUUUCUACAGAAGACGCUCUCUGUAAAUGUGAUAGCUCUGACUAAGAUCCCUAAAUUCCAAGUCACAACCUCCCUGGUGUCUGGAAAGUCUACCCAACUGAUCUGCUCUCUGCCUUGGGCCUGUGAGCGGGGGACACCCCCCAUCUUUUCCUGGAUGUCAUCUGCCAUCACCUCCCUGGGCCGCAGAACCACCCUCUCCUCAGAGCUGAACCUCACACCCAGGCCCCAGGACCACGGCGCCAACCUCACCUGUCAGGUGACCUUCCCAGGAGCUGGUUUGACUAUGGAGAAGACUGAACAGCUCAGUGUUGCCUAUGCUCCACAGAAGCUGACCAUCAGGGUGUCCAGGGGAGAUGAUUCAGAACCUAAGGUCCUGCACAGUGACUCAACUCUGCAAAUCCAAGAGGGGGAGUCCCUGCGCCUGGUCUGUGUGUCGGACAGCAACCCCCCUGCCACGCUGAGCUGGAAACACCUGCCCCGGAAGUACCUCCCGCUCUCCACCCCCAAGGAGCUGCAGCUGCCUCGGGUGGAGUUGGAGGACAGUGGAAAAUACGUCUGCCAAGCUCAGAACCAGCUGGGUACUCAGGUGGCCUCUGUGAGCCUCAGCGUAAGGAGCCUUCUACAGCUCCUGGGACCCUCCUGCUCCUGGGAGGCUGAGGGUCUGCACUGCAGCUGCUCCUCCAGGGCCUGGCCUCCCCCGUCCCUGCUCUGGCGGCUGGGGGAGGACCUGCUGGAGGGGAACAGCAGCAAUGCCUCCUUCAAGGUCACCUCCAGCUCCACAGGACCAUGGGCCAACAGCUCCCUGAGCCUCUCCAUGGAAUUCAGGGCUGACCAUAGACUCAGCUGUGAAGCUUGGAAUGACAAUGGGGUUCAGGGUGCUACUAUCUUGCUGCUGCCAAGUAAAGAGGUCACAAAGGACAAACCAGAAACCAGUAGUGGAGGAUUGGUCCAGGGGGCCCUUUGGGGAGCCGGUCUCAUGGCUUUGCUCGCUGUCUGCCUCUGCCUCAUCUUCUUCAUAGUGAAGGUCCUCAGGAAGAAAUCAGCCCUGAAAGCAGCAGGCGUUGAGAGCAGCCCUCCUGCCGUAAAUGGCGGAAGCGUGAUUCUGCCCAGUGUUUCCGUGAGCUCCCCAACCCAGGGUCACCUGAACGCAUCAGGGUCACAGAACCAGAAAGAACAGCCGCGCCUUGACACAGCCCCACUCACCCUGAAGGAUGAGCUUGAACUCUACUAUGCCUCCGUCUCCUUCCAAAGCCUGCAGCCCCGGCAGCCACAGAACGAGCAGUCCAUCAAGUCUGAUUACGCAGAGAUCAAGAUCCACAAGUGCUGACCCUCCUUGCCCCAUGAGCCCCAGCACGACUGGAGUCCCAGGAAAGUGUGGCUGGGGACAGCGUGUUUUAGGGGGAGACUGAUAUCAGUGGCCUCUAAGCCAAAGUCUAUGAAGGGGAAGGAGGGAGUCUCAGAAGGAAUGAAGGCCGUAGAGAGUCCUGGGUUCGAGUCCAGAUUCAGUGUUGCCCCACAGAAGCCACCUUCCCUCUCUGUGCCCUCUCUUCCUCCUCUGUAAAGUGGGGUCAUAUUCAUGAGCUGUGUAGUGUUUAUUGUUGAUUGUGAUGCUUUAUGUUGCCUCAGCAGAAGGAGGAACAUUCCGACUUCAUUGCACACUUGGAUUUUACUUGUAUAUUUUUAAGAACGUAUGUUAAUUCUUAAAGUGAUUCUGUUUUGAAGUAUGACAGUGUGACAGCUACAUGUAUCGCAGAUUGGACUCAGGCUGGAUGUUCUGCAGUCUCUGAAAGAUCACACAGAUGCCAUGUAGAUCCCAGACUACUGUAUCCAGCAAGGUUAUCAAUCACAGGGCAUAAAACUAAUAUAUAAAGAUCUUCCACAAAUCAAUAAAAACAUCAGACAAUCCAGUAAAAAAUAGUCUAGGUGACUGGCCAGCAAACAGAAAGGUGAUCAGUCAGUGCUUGUCAAUGAAAGAUAAAUAACUACCAAACUGUGCAGCAAUUCUGCUCACAACUGCAAGAUGCAGCUGUUCAUCAGGCUUACACAGUGUGUUCAGAGAAGGAUUGGGGAUAGAGCUCAGUGGUGGAAGGGUUGCCUAGUAUGUCUGAGACCCUAAUGUGUUUGAUCUCAAGUCCUAUAAAAACAGUGGAAUGCACCCAAUGCCCAUCAGAAGUAAGACAGACAAACAAAUUACAUAAUGUUUAUGGGAUGGAGAAAUAGCAUCUGAUACAUGUGAGCGUUUUGCAAAUGUAACACUGAGUGAUAUAAUCCAGACACAGGUCUCUAGUGUGUUAUGUUAUUAGCACAAAUCUUAAAAACAGGAAAACUCAUCUUUGGCAUUAGAACUGGAUUCUUGAUUGUUUGCUUUUUGCGAUUUAUUGGAAAUAGAUU